AUGUCCGCAUCAGUCCUUGGGAAGCGUACCCGGAGUUCAACAAAUGCAUCAGAAAGCGAAAGACAGACCAGAGCAAAGCGUCGCGAGACUCUCGUACUAGGAAUCGACGAGAACGACAACCCUUUUAUCAAUCCAAAUCCUUCUCCAGCAACACAACUCAAACCCACACCCACGCCUUCGAAACGCCUUGUGUCGUCACCGAAUAAGAUCAGUGCCCAUUUCUCCGUUUCGAAGAAGGAAAAGCUAUCUGCCGUUACAAAGUCAAGUCUUCUUGCCACACCCUCAACACCACGGCACCACGAUGCUCUUAUCUCUAAAAUCACCAUCACCCCACGACAUCGCCAUCUCAUUACUAGCAGUCCUGCAACACCUCGCAGUCCAUACACUCCCUCCAGCGCGGCCAACAAUGUUUACAACCAGGCACGACAGAUCUUCUCAAGAUGCACAGAUCCUGGUGUGUUGGUAGGAAGAGAAGAAGAGAAGGAGCAGGUUUCCACUUUCAUCUCGGAACGCCUAAAAUCUGGUGAGGGUGGCUGUCUAUACAUCUCAGGCCCACCCGGAACUGGCAAGAGUGCUUUUGUUGGCAACAUCUGUCAAGACUUCACAUCCGACCUGGAUCGGAACAUGGCCAUCGCGACGGUCAACUGUAUGAGUGUCAAGACGGCUAAGGAUCUUGCCAACACUCUGUCAAAAGAUCUGGACUUGGAGAUUCUUCCCGGACGUGCUGCUGACUUCGACUGCCUGCGUGCCAACUUCUUCGGACAAGACAAGAAACACGUCGUUAUUCUGGACGAGAUUGACCGCCUGGUCGACCUGGAUCUCAAACUUCUGUAUAGCCUCUUCGAAUGGUCCAUGGAGCCUUCCUCAAGCCUUAUUCUUAUCGGAAUUGCCAACGCCCUGGAUCUUACUGAUCGUUUCUUGCCUCGAUUGAAGUCUCGCAAUCUCAAGCCCAAUCUGUUGCCAUUCAUGCCGUAUACUGCCUCUCAGAUCGCCAAUAUCAUCACAUCGAAGCUCAAGGCAUUGGGUGCUGCAUCAACAGACCCAAGCUUCAUUCCAUUCUUGCAUCCUGCAGCGAUUCAAUUCUGUUCUAAGAAAGUUGCUUCUCAAACUGGGGACUUGAGAAAAGCGUUCGAUAUCUGUAGAAGAGCCGUUGACAUGGUUGAGUCCGAGACAAAGGUCGAGCAAGCACGUAUUCGUCUACAAGACAGUCCGUCCAGAACGCCGCUGGCAGACAAUCUUAACCUCGCAUCUCCCACCGUCAAGUUGGCUGCCUUCCAGAAGUCUGCACUCAAGGACCCUCGCCAAACCACUCUCUUCCCUUCAAUCAGCCAUUUGACUCUCGAGUCUGCGCCAAGAGCAACAAUCGCACAUGUCGCCAAGGUCACAGCUGCUGUGUUCAGCAACGGUGCAUCACAACGUCUGGCAUCUCUCAACCUGCAGCAGAAGGCUGUCCUUUGCGCACUGUCGGCUCUCGAAAAGAAGAAGCGCGAGGCGCCUAGCGUGGUCACCUUCCCAAUGACUCCCUCUAAGCACGCCAACGCUGCACCUACCAUCAGGCAGCUGUACGAAGCCUACUGCACACUCUGCAAUCGCGAGAAUCUGUUGCAUGCUUUGACCAGCAUCGAGUUUAGAGACGUGGUCAGUGGUCUGGAGACAUUAUCACUUGUAUCUGCUGUUGAGACAAAGGGUGCAUCGUCAUUCUUUAUGCCUUUGACGCCCUCUUGCACACCCAGCAGAAGAUCAAAGUCUGGAUUCUCCGGUGCCGCGACCGGUGACGAUAGAAGAAUGGCCGCUUGUGUUGGCCACGCCGAGCUGGUCUCCGCUCUCAAGGGCCCUGGGAGUGAUAUACUCAAGGAAAUGAUUGAGGGUGACGGCAUUGUCGCAUAA